CUGUCAUGGCGCCCUCCACGACACGCUGGAACCAUGUGUGGGUCGGCACCGACACGGGGAUCCUGAAAGGGGUGAACCUACAGCGCAAGCAGGCGGCGAACUUCACGGCCACCGGGCAGCCGCGGCGCCAGGAGGCGGUGAGCGCCCUGUGUUGGGGCCCGGGCUGCGAGACGCAGAUCCUAUUGGGAUGCGCCGAUGGAACCGUGAAGCGCUUCAGCACCGAGGAAGGCAGUUUUCAGGGCCAGAGGCACUGCCCCGGCGGGGAGGGCACCUUCCGAGGCCUCGCCCAGGUGGACGGCACGCUCAUCACCUGUGUGGAAUCCGGGCUGCUCUGUGUCUGGAGGGAUGAGGACGAGGACGCCAGCUCCGACCCGCUCCUGGAACUGAGUGUGGGUCCCAAAGUGUGCAGGAUGCGCCAGGACCCAGGGCGCCCCAACCUGGUGGCCACUGGUGGAAAGGAAAAUGCGUUGAAGGUGUGGGACCUGCAGGGGUCCCCGGAGCCCGUGUUCAGGGCUAAGAAUGUUCGCAACGACUGGCUGGACCUGCGGGUCCCCAUUUGGGACCAGGACAUCCACUUCCUCCCUGAGUCUCAGAAACUUGUCACCUGCACUGGGUACCACCAGGUCCGAGUUUAUGAUCCAGCUUCCCCGCAGCGCCGACCUGUGCUGGAGGCCACAUAUGGAGAGUACCCACUGACCGCCAUGACUCUCACCCCUGAAGGCCAUUCAGUGAUUGUGGGGAACACUCAUGGGCAGCUGGCAGAAAUUGACCUUCGGCAAGGGCGCCUCGUGGGGUGUCUGAAAGGACUUGCUGGCAGUGUCCGAGGGCUGCAGUGCCACCCGACAAAGCCUCUCCUCGCUUCCUGUGGGUUGGACCGAAUUCUGAGGAUCCACAGGAUCCGGAAUCCCCGGGGCCUGGAGCACAAGGUUUAUCUCAAGUCUCAGCUGAACUGCCUCCUCCUGUCUGGCCGGGAGAACUGGGAGGAUGAACCCCAAGAGCCUCAUCAGUCCCCUGAAGACGUGGAAACCGAUGAACUCUGGGCCUCCCUGGAGGCAGCGGCUAAGCGAAAACGCUCAGACUUGGAGUUGACCCCAGGGUCAGCUCAACCCCAAACUUGUGGGAGAAAGAAGAAGAAGAGGCCGGGGUCCACCAGCUCCUGAAGAUCCUGCGCUCCCUUUUGUAAAUAAACAGUGUAACCUG